AAUCUAUCCAGGAAUCAGACAGUCGUGUGUCGUGUAUACGUACUGUGUUGGGGCUCUGCACCCAAGGAAUAAAGUUACGGUGAACUUUGCUUUCCACACGUCAUGUAUACAAUGUGCUCAGUUGGUGUUAACAGUUCGACGCUCGUUUUGUUGCUGAGGACUACGUUCUUCAUCGUCAUCACGUGCGUCGCGACGCUGCAUAGCGCCCCAGUACAGUCUGACGUCCAAGCCAUGAUCUACCUAUCCCAGUAUGGCUACUUGAAUCCUCAGGUUCGCAACCCGAGCUCUGGUACUAUCAUAGCAGCCGAUACCAUGAGGAAAGCCAUUGUGGAGUUUCAAGCAUUCGCUGGACUCAACAUCACAGGUGAACUGGACCGAGAGACAGCGGAGACCAUGAGCCUGCCCCGAUGUGGAGUGAGGGAUAAAGUAGGAUAUGCCACUGACUCCCGCAGUAAGAGAUACGCACUACAAGGCAGUCGGUGGAGAGUGAAGGAGCUAUCGUACAAGAUCUCCAAGUACCCGCGGAAUCUGAACCAUGAGAAAGUGGACGUAGAGUUGGCUAAGGCGUUCCAAGUUUGGGCGGACCAGACAGACUUGGUCUUCAAGAGGAAAACAAAGGGACAAGUUCAUAUUGAGAUUCGCUUCGAGAAGGGUGAGCAUGGAGAUGGCGAUCCUUUUGAUGGACCCGGGGGCACCUUGGCGCAUGCGUACUUCCCCGUAUACGGUGGAGACGCGCAUUUCGACGACGCAGAGAACUGGUCCAUCGAUAGUUACAGAGGCACGAACCUGUUCCAAGUGGCCGCCCACGAGUUCGGCCAUUCUCUCGGGCUCUCCCAUUCGGACGUGAAGACCGCGCUCAUGGCCCCGUUUUACCGCGGAUAUGAACCGCACUUUCAGCUCGACAUCGACGACAUCCAGGGCAUCCAGGCGCUGUACGGAAAGAAGACACACAAGACGCCGAUGUCAAACGGUGACAAGACCACAACUACGACCGAGGCGCCCGUGGCCUCUGGCGAAGACGCCGAACUAUGCAACGACGCUUCAGUGGACACACUCUUCAACUCGGCUGAAGGAGUGACGUAUGCCUUCAAGGGUGAGCACUACUGGAAGCUGACAGAGGAAGGCUUAGCUGCCGGGUACCCGCGACUCAUCUCCAAGAGCUGGCAAGGCCUGCCUAGUGACAUCGACGCCGCGUUUACUUACCGCAAUGGUAAGACAUACUUCUUCAAGGGCUCCCUGUACUGGCGCUACGUCGGUAAGAAGAUGGACGGCGAUUACCCGAAGCAGAUCUCAGAAGGAUUCACAGGAAUUCCAGACAACGUCGACGCAGCCCUCGUCUGGGGUGGUAAUGGAAAGAUAUACUUCUUUAAGGGCAGCAAGUUUUGGCGAUUCGACCCGUCACAGAAGCCCCCCGUGAAGAAAACAUAUCCGAAGCCCAUCUCCAAUUGGGAGGGAAUACCGGACAAUUUGGACGCUGCACUUCAGUACACGAAUGGCUACACAUACUUCUUCAAACGAGGAUACUACUACCGGUUCAAUGACAGAACCUUCUCGGUCGAUACGGCAGAUCCUGCUUUCCCACGACCUGCAGGAUUUUGGUGGUUCGGCUGCAAGUCGGCGGCGAGCGGUGGUAAUAAAGGAUGGUUCCUGACCGGGUCAUCGUACCCCGGACUGUCAGGGGCUGAGGUUGGGGAUACAACGCGGAGAUCCUCCCGGGGGGAUGAUGCAGAUCUCCAUAACUCGGACGUGGAUGAUCUCAUAUUAGACGCAGCCGACACGAAUUCUAUACCUCGAGACGAGAAUGAAAACGUCAGCGGUGGGAGCAGAACAGUGACGAGGAACUUCAUGCUGGUGAUCGGGGUGGCCAUUCUGCAUUUGUUCGCGUGGAGCAGGUCGUCGUGAGCGACAGCCAGCUUAUACACAUCUAAUUUAUUACGUCGUCGCAAGAAUGGAGUCCAGACAGCUCAGGUAUAGAGGCAGUGCGACAAACUGUUGUGCGCGCGAUGCAGUGGUCCUCAACCCAAUACAUGGACACAGUGAAGUUCAUUGGCUACAUCCUCAUAUUUCUAAUUUCUUUCCAAAAGAUUAAAUUUCACGAAUUAUAAAGGAAAACUGUGUGUUGCUAUAAGUGUCUUACGUCAGACUAUUGUAAAAUUCGGAUAUCAUUGGGACACAUUUAUGUUCCUUAAUUUAAUUUUGGUGCAUACGUAUGAAGGGUUUCACCAUUUAGAAAUGGGCUGUGUGUAUUGUUCCAGCUGAGCCCUACAUGAAGUAAACCUAUGAAUUACUCUACUGACCCACAAAAAUGGGGUCGAUCUCAUAAAAUUAGCUAAUAGUAACGGGUUUACAAGACUUCUGGGUUCGAGUCUCUUCUUCACAGAAAAUACAUUGUUUUGUUUAGAAGCCAGUUUCUCAGUUGUUUAUAUAUAUAUAUCGACUUAAUUACACCAUUGAUGAAUUCCUACAAAGAGUAUGUUUCAAGAAUGUGAAAUUUUGUAAAACUUCUGGUAUCCAAGGGUAUUCAGGCUUUUAAGAACAGAUGUAUUUCCUCAUCUACAGCAUUUGUGUGUUCAAAAUUUCACCCCGGAUCUUACAUACUUAAAAGUGUUUGUAAUGCCUACUUACCUAUUAUACUGUCUAACACAAAAUAUUUUUCUGUAGUUACUUAUUUGCCGGUGAAUUAAGUAAUUUCAAGAUUCAACGUCAUGUUAUCCGCCAUGUUGGUUUACGUGUAGAAACGAGACUUAAAAUCUACUAACUUCAGAAUUUUCUUCCCGCUAAUCGACACGGUUAGAAUUUUGGUUUUAUUUUUAAAAGGCUAUACUUUUAUUUCUAUUUUUAAUAUUUUAGGGUUUUUGUCUUGUUUGUAAAGAAUACGUUUCUUAAGAAACCCUUAAACCUUAAAAAAUUCAGGCUUCAUGUUUAGAUUUUACAAAUAAGCUUGUAAGGUUGGCAGCGCUAAUAUGGUGGUCAAAAUGGCGGACAACAUGGCGAACGGACCGCCAGCAAAUAUGUAAGUACUCACUUUCUUUAUCAAGCUGAUAAUACAGGACCUGAUCGUGCAUCAUUAUCAGUUCCCUUGCACGGUUAUAUAUAUAUGUUGCACCUAAAUAUAAACUAGAACAAGAAAUUAUUGUGAUAGAUGAGGAACAAUGUUUUAAAACUGGUUUGAUUUACAAGAAAACAGAGUGCUGACGGCUGAGUAAGCUAUUUGGCUGUACUUGAAACUAGACUCCUAAGUGAAGUUGAAACUGCAACGACCCGAGACCUCCCGCUUGCUGGAACGGGCACUUCUCACCCCACCCCUGUGCCCCUGUCAGUUAUCCGUGACAAACCGGAAGCAGUGUGAACGCGGAACAUUGAAGGAUCACCUACACUUUCAUCUUAGCAGCUGAUUAGUCGGAGACGACCGCGCGGCUGCUUGUCACGGAGAUCCGACACGCGAGGCCAGCGCUGCGUGAAACAAGCCUGAAGUUAUUAUUCUGUGCUCGCUGUAACUACGCAGGAUGUGAACUUGAACGCUUAAAUGGAUAAAGGCCAUGAAGAGUUUAUGACAGUUCUUUAUGCAAGAAACUUAGUGUAAUAACCCGAUGAGAAUCGAACGAGAACUCUCAUAAUUUGUUACAUGAGCGUUUGUAUUACUGACUUUCUCUCAUUUCUCCCGUAUUCCUUUUCCAAUCAUAUGCAUUAUCGAAAGAUAACUUCGAGACCGACGUUAAAGGCCACCUCCCACGAACAAUACGCAUAAAUAGUCAAUCGUAAAUCGUAUCCUUUUCAUAGUAUACUUCACGUAUCGGCAUACAAAUAUCAUCAAUACUCUCAGAAUAGACACGAUAGACUAAAAUAGAAGACUCAUUUGUCGUUCUUGACGUUUUACAUAACUUACGUACAUGCAACGUGUUAACACUAGAGAAUUCGCCCCGAUGGUAACUCCAAGUUGCGUAACGUUACCUCUAUAUGUGUGCAGAAGGACACAACACUCGCCUGUUUGUCAUGUCCUUCAGCUCUUGAAGCACGCGCCGCAUUCGGUAAACAUAAAAGCAUAUUAUUAAUUUGGACGUUAUCGGCCACUUAGGAAUGGAAAGUUAAUUAGAAACAAAAAUAAUAACAAGGUUACAGAAACCUGAAGGAAUACAACUUAUUUAUGAGGAUACGGAUUUUAUCCUCUACAGCAAGAGUGUUGCAGUAGAGAAGCCGGAAAGGUCAAGGGUUCGAUUCCCGAUGAAGUCAUCAAAUUCUUCAGUUGACUUUAUCCCUCCAGCCGCACCAUGGCCAUGGAGUCGACCCAGCCUCUAACAGAAAUGAGCACUAGGAAUCUUCCUAGGG